CUCUUCUUAUGCUCUCGCCAUUGCGUCUAGCACCCUCCUCAUCAGCGUUGACUCUCAGACAUACGUCUCUGCGCAAGAUGUCUCAUAGCUUGCCAAUCCCGAGCAUGGCUCGCAACUUCCCCGACUCGCUCGCAGGCCCUUCUUCAUUCUUCAGCUUUCCUGGAAUCACCCCCGAGUCCACAUCAACGACUCGUCGACUCUUAGAGGAGAACGACAGACGAAACGAUAUCUUUGGUCCCAGCAGAAUCUUCCACAAUCACUUUUCGCAUGGCUUACUCACUCGUUACGCUCUCGGGGCACCAUCUAAGAUGCUCCAAGGAUCUUGGGAAGCAGAGCAAGAGGACUUCUUCUCUCUCGACCCGACCGCCAAGGGACGCAGAGCAAGUGUAGCAAAGAGGCUUCCAGAGGCGAUCAGCGAGGCUUCAUGGGACGAUCCCGCGACGCUUGGCGUCACCGAUGCGUAUCCGAUCUACCUGGCCUAUUUUCAUAACGAGAUUGAAAAAAUGGGAUCAGUCGAGACAUUCAAGAAGUACAUCAUGACCCCGGAAGCUAACUACAAAGGGCGAAACGGUCGGGCAGCACCUCAGAUGAUUCAUCGAUUCAUGUCUGGCGUAUUACAUCCAUUCAUCCAUGCUGGUUUUGGCAUCGAGUUCAGUGAUAGACUUACCCUAGCAGAAGGGAUCGCCCAGACUGCAAUCAAUGGCACAUCCUACGGCGAAUUGUUCGAUGCAGACUGGUUGAAGACGCUUGAAACCGAACACAAGCCAGCGUCCUCCAAAUCCAUCUUGGAGAUAUACUCUACUUUCUGCUCCGAUGAAACGUUCAAGCCAGUUCCGUACGAUCCCGAUGCGAUGAUAUCCACACGGAUCAAGCGUGCUCUGCAACACGCUGAGAAACUCAGAGAACUCGUUGGUUCGUGGAGUCUAACAGACCAGGAGCUAGAAGGCUGGAAAGGCAAGAUACAAGAAGUGGAUCUACUCGCCACGCUUUUGGCUUGUGCGUCCACUCGACGGGGAUAUGAGAAGAAGGUUGACUUCUUUCUGAUGCACGGCCUGACAUCAUCCGUCUUCGUACAUGCCUUUAUGCCCGUUCUGGAUAUUCCACAGCGUCGAGCACUCCUCGCAUCGUAUAUUCUGACCUUACUUGUCGUCAGUAUGUCCAGGGGUCGAGCACAUUUGGAUCCUUCCUGGUUGAUGGAAGCUACGGCCUUUCCUGUCGGCCCAGGGUCUACGGCAAAGUCCAGUAAGAACACGAUUGUAGACCCUACAGACAAUGAGACUAGAAACCCAUGGACAGGCAUCAUCGAGAGCUGCCUGUAUGACUGGGAUGCGCAUGUUCCUAAGGCAAUCAGAUCACUGGUCCACUUUGCCAAUCUGUAUGGGUCGGUUCCUCAAGGUGGUUUCGGAAUGGCUCUACCGGCCGACUACUCGAUGCUCGACGGAUCAGUUUUCGUCCGCGCAGCAGGAGUCAUCAUGGAUGUCAUGGGAUGGUGUAGAGAAGGCGAGAAGAGUGGCGGUUGGGAUAGAAGCGCGAUGGGAUACGAUGAGGCUUGGACAGGCGUACCGAGGCGGGAUCAUGCUUGAAGGGAUAUGUAUCGGCAGGGACGGUCCCGGGCCGAGUGCAGGAGUACAGGCACAAAUCACUUUGCAAGCUUGUCAAGGCGAAAGAGGAGUUGGCACCACAUCUGUUUCCGCUUGAAUCAUCAAUGUCACCGACAUUCUCACAUGCAUUUCACCAUCUUAUAAAAG